CGGCGCACAGCGUGGACUUGGAGAUGUCUUGGCAGGAUUACGCACGACGACAAGAUCAACGCGAAAGCCUCUUUUAGCCAGACAGGACACUUUCAAGCUGGACCGGACAGAUUUUUAACAAUUUUGGAAACACAAAUUUUGCAGCUUCCUCAAGACGUUUUUCUUAUCUUUUCCUGUGGGACUCUGAGCAGCAGCAGCAGCAGCAACAGCAGCAGCAGCAGCGGGUCUGGAUGACUUCUCCUUCUCUUAGACUCGGGUCACGGUGACUACAGAGGAAUGGGACCGAUGUAAACAGCUGGUGGGAGAAAACAAACUCUACAGAGCAACAGUUUUUCAGAGAUCACAGAAAGAGGGAGGAUGAUCCCGCCGGCCAAUAUGAUUCAGGACGAAAGUGGGGGCAAAGAGGACGAACGGGACCAGAAUGAGACACCAAAAUCCCCGACGGCAAACGCCAGCCAGCAGGAAACCAAGAAUACUGUGAGGCCUGAACAUCAAAAGCGCAAGUUUUCUUCAACUCUUUCUCUCUCUUUUCAGCUGCAGAAACUCAAACGCUCCUUGUCCUUCAAGACCAAAAGCAUCCGCAGCAAGAGCGCUGACAACUUCUUCCGAACCAGCAGUGACAACAAGACGGAGCUGCUCUCUGACGUUAGCAGCAGCACGGGCCAUCUCUGCAAUAUCGGGAUGGCCCCGCCGCACACCACCAACCUUCCCAUCCCUCCUGUCCCUCCGGCAAUCCCCUGUGCUCCUCCUCCCACAUCACGCUCCCAGUCACGCAACCCGCUGCAGGUAGACUCUGCGGGACACUGCUUUAUGGAGCACAUCUUCAAGAAGCCCACAUUCUGUGACGUCUGCAACCACAUGAUCGUAGGUACCACAGCCAAACAUGUGGUGUUCUUGGCGGGAAACACAGCAAAGCACGGCCUGCGUUGCAAAGCCUGCAAGAUGAGCCUCCACCACAAAUGUGAGAAUGGAGUGGGACAGCAGCGCUGCAUGGGAAAACUGCCAAAAGGCUUUCGGCGGUACUACAGCUCUCCAUUACUGAUCCAGGAACAGUAUGGCUGUAUCAAAGAAGUUAUGCCCAUUGCUUGUGGCAAUAAGGUGGACCCCGUGUAUGAGGCCUUGAGGUUUGGGACAUCCCUGGCACAAAAGGCCAAGAGGGCCAGUGGCUCUGAGUCUCCACACAGAAACUCGACCAGUGACUUGGAUAAGGUUCCAGAGGAGGUGGUGGCUCACAGCAGCAGGCAGGAGCUGUCGAGAAAACACAGUGAUGAUGUCUUCACAGUCAUUGAGAACGGGACGGAGCAUUACCACCAGCCAGAGGGAAAACCUGAUGAUUUGCCAUUGGAGCAGAGCCAACUACAGAAAGAAAUCCUCAAGCUCAACACAUAUGUGGCUUUGUACAAUUUCACUGCCCAAGAGAGCCAUGACCUGGAGAUGAGAGCAGGAGACAGGAUCUUAUUGGCUGACGACUCUAAUGAUGACUGGUGGAAGGGGGUAAUUGAGGACAGGAUUGGUUUCUUCCCAGCAGCCUUUGCUCAUCAGGUGCGGGUGGGGGACCAAGUGUUCAGGUGUAACAGGACGUUCAUCGGCUGUAAGGAACAAGGCCAGAUCACCCUGAAGGAGGGACAGAUCUGUGUAAGCAGUGAGGGCGAGCGCAGCGGCUUCAUCCGAGUGGCGUGUGGAAAGAAGAGAGGCUUUGUGCCCUGUGACGUCCUGGAAAUCAUCUGAGAGAAACACUCAGGGAGCCGAAGAGGGCGAGAGAGAGAGGGAAGAUGGGAUCAGCCGCCUGGAGGCCAGAGGAGGAGGAAACUGAACUGACAAAAUGGCUACGAGGCACCAGUGAGGGAGUUUUCUCUCUGAAGAAACUGGAGUUUGAACUUAAAGGUGAUGCUGGUUUUGUCACUGAGGACUCCACUUUGUUGCAGGUCAGAGUCUCUGUACCUUCCUCACUCCCUCUCAGCACAAGGAGAGAGAUGCUGAGAUGACUGUUUGUUGUUUGCAAGAUGACAGGAGAUCACUGUAUCACUGGAUUUGAUUUAAUUUAUAGAGCCUAUGUGUGUGUGUGUGUGUGUGUGUGUGUGUGUGUUUGUUUAUUUUUUUUCUCUCAGUUUUAUUCUGCUACAAGCUGUUUAUUUUCUGAAAGUGGGCUGGCUGUUUACGCCUGAGAAAAAUAAUCAAACACUUACUACAGUUAUUAUUUUCAAGGUUUCAGUACAUACAAUGGCAUUGCGCCUACAAAUAGUUUAGUUUCUCAUGCUUUUACAUUAUGUUUCAAGCAAAAUGUUAGAUUUUCAUACAUAGUAGUCAACACUAGGCUCUGAAAUGGAUGACAAAAAUCCCUGAGAAAACUUGAUGCAAAAAACCUAUUAGAGAGAAAAUACUAUUUUUUUCUUUCUUUGAAGCCUUAAAUCCCCUAAACAUCUUAAAAAACUUCCCGCAUAACCUCUAACAUACAGUUAAAGUCGUGAAAAGGUUUUCCAUAUGUUUCUCUUGUAACAAGUGAGAAACAAAGCACAUCAGGUGCUACAAAGAGAUGUGGGGGAGUAUUUUCAGAGGAGUUUGACACAAUCAAAGACUUAAGUAAUUCUCUCUGGUCUUUCAAAAAUAUCACCCUCACACUUCCAAUCUUGAUAUCUCACAAUUCAGGAUUUUACUUUAUGCUCAUGGUAACACUGAAAAUCUUUUCCUGUGAACACAAAACAUGUUAUUUACCCAAUUUAACAUUUUCUAGAUUUAUUGUUUCAGGCUAGUCUUAAAAAGUUUUUUUAAUUGAUUGAAUAAUGGAUAUAAUCUUCUCUCUUUUUGGUCGUUUUCAUCAAAGAUUUCAAUCUUCAUCAUUAUGAAACAGAAGAGAACGAGAAGGCACAGCUUUGGUAUAAUCAGGACAGAGACUGUUUUUGUUUCUAAUUUGUGUGAUCUGAUGGGAAUGACUUGUGAAUGCACAAUGACGACUGUAAGACAUUGAAACAUGCAAGAAAAUGAUACAUUUCUAGUUAGUGUGUUAACUUUAAAUGUGAUCACUAUCAUGUGACUUUCCUCUUUCUCAGUACAGACUAUUCUGAACAGGCCUUCAGAUUCAGAUACUAAUGAAGUGCAUUUCUGGCAAGAUGUUGCAUCAUAGUAGAUAUAGUAUAUCUUUUAAAGGUUGUUCUGCACUGAAACAGGGCUUUACUAAAUGUCCAAGAAUGCUAUAUUGUACAUAAUGUACGUAUGAGAUUAAAAGUCCUUCUUUAUCACAAUAACGCAACAUGCAUUAUGAUGAUUUCUGUGUUUGUCUCACAUUCCUUUUCUUCAGCAGACUUCUGGAUCCCACUGUACCUAAUAUUUCACAAUUUACUGAUUCUUAUAUCAGUCUCAAUGAUUUAUACAUUUCCGUCCUGGUUCUCUUUCCUCUUGUGCUCAGCAAUUAGCGAUCGAUAAUAACCUCAUCAUUCGCUCAAGUGGGCCUCCAAAAAAUAUGCAUAUUGUGAUAUGAUUUGGUUUGAAAACAACUGGCGUGUGACUCAGUUAUUCAGUAUGUUAAGAAGUGAAUCCAACUUCACAGCAUGAAGGUGUUAAAGACUGAAUGUUGGAGACAAAUAAAAUGAGGAUUUUGCUGUAAUGCACA